GAGACGGGGACACGGGGGACAGAGAGGGGGGACGCAGCCUCUGCACGCGGGAGACCAAGUCCCAGAGAAGGAGAGACAGACGGGCAGGCAGUCCCCGUGGUAGGACAGAGCCAGGCAUGGGUACCGCGUGCUCCAGUGUUUACAUGCAGUUCCUGGGGGGUUGUGAAACGGGUAGUCCUCGCAGAUGCCUGCUCCUCUGUUCUCUGCCCCCAAUACUAGGCCCUGGGAACCAACAGUGGAAAGACCCCAGCCUCAAAGAGACAAAGCACAGCCAGGGUGGGAGGGCCACAGUCCGCCUGGGCAACCCACCGGGCCACUUCCUGGACAGAGCAUCUCACCAGUACUUUCACUUUCAACCUUUCAGCGGUGAGUCCCAGAACUGGGGGAACGGCACUGGUGACCAGCACUCACCGGGACCCCUCAGAAGAGAUGGGGAGGAGGAGGCAGACGUGAGGUGGGACCGUUGUCCUCCCCUCCACACCUGCACCACACUCCAACCAAGUGACAGUAAAGGUAGGACAGCCUCAUAGCCUCUUUGUGCCACCUGGUGGCGAUAAGGAAGAAAGACAAGAGCAAGUGACCGUGAUGAGAAGGGGAGAGAACUCGCAGAGCAACAAUUGCCACUACCUCAUCGGGUGCUGGGCUGGGCAUGAGUCACUUCCCAGGCAGCAAACUCUGGAAAAGGCUGUGCAGAGCCCUCAGUCACAAAUGACAGGCUCAGGCUGCAGUGCUCUGCUUUCCAUGCCCCAGCCAGCCAGGCCUUCCCAGAUCAUCUGAGCUAAAAGGAGCGGCAGAGACCCUCAGUCCAACCCCUUGGUCUACAGAUGGGGAAAUCCAGACCCACGAAAAGCGAAGGAUGUGCCCCAGGUCACACAAUGAGCCAGCAGCAGGGCCAGGAUGGAGAACCAGGAGAGAGCUGGGCAGCUGAAGCCAGAGGCUCCUUCUUGGCCUCUAGACCCGCAAGGAAUCACGUCAUUUCCAAACACUCAUGGCAGAAGAAGGGGCUGUCUUCAAGAUGACCAGUGACCUGAAGGCUGUCAUCUCUGCCAUCCUCCAGGGCUAUGGGCGUGGGCGGCAGCCGGUGACAGACGCCAGUGCUGAACUGCACAGACUCUGUGGCUGCCUGGAGCAACUGCUGCAGUUUGACCAGAAAGAGCAGAAGAGCUUCCUGAGGCCUCGGAAGGAUUACUGGGACUUCCUCUGCACGGCCCUGUGGCGGCAGCGGGGGGACACGGAGCCAGUCCACUUUGUCCACUCACAGGACAAGUUGAAGACCCCGCUGGGAAAAGGCCGAGCCUUCAUCCGCUUCUGUCUUGCCCACGGACAGCUGGCCGAGUCCCUGCAGCUCUGCCUCCUGAACCCAGAGCUAACCAGGGAGUGGUAUGGCCCCCGGAGCCCUCUGGUGUGCCCUGAACUCCAGGAAGACAUCCUGGAUUCCCUCUAUGCUCUCAACGAGGUGACCUUCGACUUGGACCUGCAACGGCCAGACUUGGAUGGAGCCUGGCCCAUGUUCUCAGAAUCCCGCUGCUCCAAUUCCAACUGGACCCAGGGAAGAAGACCCAGAAAGAUCAAAGAUUCCCCUAAGGAGAUCUCACCCACAUAUGGAGACCCCACAGGAGGCCACUCAGAGGAGCCACAUACCAGGCAAGCCAGUUCUCUGCAAGAUGCACCCAGGGAAGACAGGUUGGCUGGACUCCCCAGGGCCCAGCAACACAAGCAUCAGCCCCUCUUUUUGGAAAAGAAGAAAGAAGAUCCCAGGAGGCUUGGGCCUCCCCAGAGCAUGUGGGAACUAGAGGGGGAGGAGCUUCAGCAAAACCAGGAGAAAGGAGCUCCAAGGACGGGGAUCUGCCUGGAGAACUCAACACCUAGCAUCCAGGGACAGGGGAAGGGGGACAAAGGGACUCUGAAGGAGGUGAUAGGAACAGAGGCUGAGGGCAGGGGGGUUUUGCUGAGUGCAGAGGGCCAGAGAACAAUAGAUGGGACUUAUGAAGGGGAAGCAGAGAGGAGUCAUAUCCAUAGGCUGCUGGCCUCCAGCCCCAAAGAGAUGUUAGGGGAUGCAGUGUCAGGGAGCCGUCAGGGCGGGAAAGUGCCCAGCCUCCCGAGGGAGUUCUGGGUCCUUCAGGGCCUGGAAACAAAGGAAGGCUCCACCACGGAGAAGCCCCAAGAGCAAAUAGGAAUGACCACUGCAACCAGGAGUGAGGAACAAGCAGAGAUGGCCUUGCAGGAUGUGGUCAAGAGUCUCAGACAUGGGCUCCAGAAAACCAAGGAGCAGGCCCAGCACCAGGAACAGCUGCUGAAGGAGCAGGAAGGGGAGCUGAAGGCACUGCAGGAACAGCUCAGCAGGUGUCAGGAGGAGAGGGCCCGGCUGCAGGCGGAGCUGGAGCAGAAGCAACGGGAGGCCGAAAGCAAGGGUGCCGUGUAUGAGGAGGAGCUUGGCGGGCAGCGGGACCUGGUCCGAGCCAUGAAGAGGCGGGUGCUGGAGCUGAUUCAAGAGAAGGAUAACCUGUGGCAGAAGGUCCAGCAUCUCUCUUCCUUGGGCCCUGGAUGCUGUGUUGUCUGUAACAAGAUCUUUGGUCGGCUGUCUCGGCGGUACCUGUGCAGGCUCUGCGGAGGCCUGGUUUGCCAUGCCUGCUCUGUGGAUUUUAAGAAGAAGGAGUGCCACUGCCCACCCUGCUCCCAGAGGAGAGAAGCCCAGGUCCUCUGACUGAGACCCACCCACCCCACCUGAUCGGCUGUCCCCUCGGCCCUUCCCAGCCCUCUGGUCUGACCAGUCCUGCCUUCUAGAAGUUGGCCGUCUAAGGUGGACAGCACUUGAGUGGACAGACCGUGGUGUGGAGGAUGGAAGAAGCCGGGCUGGCAGUCAGGAAAGAGGUCCUAACCCUGCAUCUCCCACUGAUGAGCUGGGUGACUUUGGCAAAGCUGUCAGGCUUUUUCCCGUAACAUGAGGGAGUGGGCACCAUCCUCUCUAAAGUCCCUGCAGGCUCAAAGUCCUUGUCCAAGAAUAAGGCCCAGUGGCCCUGACAUUUCUCCUCUGCACUCUCUUCUCAGCCAGCCCGUCCUUCAUGAUACACGGGAGCUUCCUGUCUGCAGUCUGCUUCGGAGGUCUGCUUUCAUUCUUAACAGCUUUCUUUAGGUACUAUUAAUGUAUAAUACACUUCACAUAAACCUGAUGAGUACAGUCUGAUGAGUUUUGACUUUAAUAUACACCCUGAAGCCAUCACCAUAUUCAAAAUAAUAGACACAUCCAUCAGCCCAGUUUCCUUGUGCCCUUUGUCAUCUCUCCCCCACCCCACCUCUCCCCAUCCCCGGGCAACCACUUACUUGCUUUCUGUCAUUAGAGACUAGUUUGCAUUUUCUAGAAUUUUGUAUAAAUGGAAUCAUACUGUAUAUACUCCUUAUUAU